UGCCACUUACCCAUUGCUGCAUAUGAGUGGUCUCCGGAUGGAGGUACUGGAAGUCCCAGAAGUUGUUAUGGGCCGACUGGCCCUGGGGAAUCUCAUUGUGCGGCUCUGGCUUGACGGCAUGGAUGACAUCGGGGAACUUGAUCGCGUCCUGGAUGAAGAAGACGGGCAUGUUGUUGCCGACGAUAUCCCAGUUACCCUCGGCAGUAUACAUCUUCACAGCGAACCCGCGGACAUCCCGAACGGUGUCCGCACUCCCCUUACUACCCUGCACGGUCGAGAACCGCACAAACACAGGCGUCUCGCGUGAUGUGUCCGUCAACACCCCAGCCGUGGUAAGCUCGGGGAUGGCCUUGUGCAGCGUGAAGGUACCAAAGGCGCCAGCGCCUCGGGCAUGCACCACACGUUCGGGGAUACGCUCAUGGUCAAAGCGCAUGAUCUGGCAAGUCAUCAGCCGAAGUCCUUUUUACUGGUGUCAAUGCAAAACUCACCUUCUCCCUAGCAAUAGGAUCCUCCAGCAACGAAGGCCCCGUCCUCUUCGCAUCCGCCACCCGAAGCCAAUGAUCCGGGUCAGCGACCUUGAUCCCAUAAUCCGUCGUCAUGGGCAGCUUGCCCUGGCUCCCCUCAGAGAGGUCGACGGUAUCCCGCGCGAGGUCUUCCUGCUUGGACAUGUUGUGCUGUUCAGUGUAUGAUUAUAUCUCCUGCAUCUAGCCCCAUAGCCCAGACGAGGAGGAACCAGAUGAUGCAAGAUUCUCCGUUUGGAGAGUCGAUCGCCCAGUCAUCUUUCUCUGUUGGGAAGUCCCAAGUCCAAAGAACCAAGGCCCCAUCCCCAUCCACGAGGUUCCGGCAAGUUGUUCGGUGGUAGCCGGCCAGUUCGGG